AUGAAUUGGGUUAAAGAAGAAGAUGUAAAUUCUUGUUAUUUCCAUAUUAUGAUGAAGGCGCGAUUCAGGAGAAAUUCUAUCUCAGUGCUCACUGCUGAAGAUCAGGUACUGCUGCAACAACCUUUUACAUCAGAAGAAAUAGAGGAAGCUUUAAGUGAAAGUGAUGGUAAUAAGAGUUUGGGGCCCGACGAUUUUAAUCUCGAAUUCCUAAAACGUUGUUGGGAUGUCAUUGGUGUUGAGAGUACUGGCUCAUUAGUCUUGUUAGGUGCGUCUAUCAAGUUAUCUUUAAGAUACUGGUUGGAAGACUAG